AUGUACACCUUUGGCAUGUGCACGGGUGUGUUUGAGGUGAAGCUACUGUUACCAGAGACUCCUGAAAUGUAUGAGCCUGUGCGCUCUCCUCUACACCUCUCAGAACAGCUCGCUGCAUUUCGCACCCAGGAUGGCGAAGCCUACAUGGUUGACGCUUACUCUCACCUCGGGGCUAACCUCGCCGCCAGCGGGCGCGUCGUGGGCGAUUGCAUCGAAUGCCCGUUUCAUGGCUGGCAGUUUCGAGGAGAAGAUGGAAAAUGCACCCGCAUCCCAUAUGCUGGAAAAGUGCCAGGUGCUGCGAGGGUCCGGACCUGGCCGUCCUGCGAGGUGAAUGGGAUGCUGCUGGUCUGGUACCACUGCGAAGGGGUCGGUCCGAGGUGGGCAGCGCCCGAGCAGCAGGAGAUUGCCACCAAAGAGUGGGCGUUCCGCGGGCAGACAGAGCACCUGGUCGACGUGCACAUCCAGAAAAUCCCCGAGAACGCGGCCGACACGGCUCACCUGGCUUUUCUCCACGGACCAGCUAUUCUGGGCGGUUCUGAUCUGAGAUAUACGAGGUCCAAGCUGUGGGAUUUUAUGAAGCACAUCUGGAAGGCCAAGUGCCGGCCGGAGCCGGAGCCCAACGAGCAUUGCUCCUGGCUGCUGGUUCAGCACAUCGCAACCAUCUUCGGGAAGCACGUCUCCUUGAUGGAUUUGGCGGUUUCAGCCAGGCGGGUGGGGUCAGGGCUGGUUUUCCUGAUCUUUGAACACGCUUUCCUGGGCCAUGGGAUCAUCCUGCAGAUGGUGACUCCCCUGGAGCCUCUCCUGCAUGUUGCUCACAAAAUCUACUACCGGAAGAACGUGCUGGCCAUGAUCCCCAAGUUCAUCCUGAGAGCAGAGUGCAUACAGUUUGAGUGUGAUAUGGCCAUCUGGAAUAACAAACACUAUCUGCCCAAGCCGCUGCUGGUCAGAGAGGACUCCAGCAUCCAGAAGCACCAGCGCUGGUAUGCCUAGUUCUACAGCGAGAAAAGCACAAGGCUCCCAGAGCAGAAGGAGGGCCUGGACUGGUGA